AUGAAACCGACUACCGCGAGACGGCUUGCGGCGGGUUACCUAAUCGUCGCUAUCUUCGCCAGCCUCGUUCUGCAAGGACAGGCUGCACGGAGGGAUCUUCAAGAGAUCCCAGGGGUGCGAACAUACAAGGUGACGGUGGGGGGCGUGCUGCCAUACCACAUUCGCCCGUGGCAUCGCGGCGUGCAGUGGGACUGGACGCCGCCCAAGCUGUACCCGCAUUACGUCUUGCUGUUCCGCUGGGUGAGCCCUCUGACUCACGACGUGCGCCUCUUUGAGUCCGAAGCCAAGUUCACGGCCUGCGAUUUCUCCGGCUCAAAACUCAUCUUCCCCUACUCGCCAGUCGGGUGGAUGCUUUAUUGGAUCAAACCAGACAUGGUCGGGACCACGAUCUACUUCGGGAGCAGCUUUAUCGGCGACUGCAAGGCGGGGUUGAAGGUCAAGAUGACAGUGCAUCCGUAUGGUAAAACGAAGAAGGGUUUAAACGGAAGCAGUGCUAACAUGACUAGCAACAGCACUACCACUGCUGUGGGAGGAGGGGCCUGA